UUUUAUAACUGACUGACGUGACUUGAGAAUACAUGCAGUCUCUUUUAUUUAGUCGUUUUUAUUUUAUUUAAUAAUAAGGUGGAAUUACAAGUUAAUAAAAGUGGAUUUGUUAUUAUUAAUUAUAUAUAUUAAAUACCUAAUAAAAAAAUGAUUUGAUAUGAUAGUUAAAAAUUGGGAACAUCAAAGAAGAUAAAUAACAAAAUCAUAAUAUAAAUAUAAGGUUUCGAGAAUUGAGUUGAAAGUUUGUUUAUAAGUCUAUAUCAUUAUAGUAUAAAAAAUAGAUAAUAUAAUAAUUGAUGCCGGAAAGCAGGUUUAUAAUUAUUGAAAAUGUCGACAGCUAUGACUUUUGGUCAAAAACAGUUUAUUCCAACACCACCAGACAAGGGCAGUUUUCCCCUGGAUCAUGAGGGAUUGUGUAAGAAAAUAAUGACAAAAUAUAUGAAGUGUUUGUUUAAUAAUAACGGCAAUAACUCUUUAUGUCGUGAAGAAGCUAAAGAGUAUUUAGCAUGUAGAAUGGAAAAUAACCUAAUGCUUAAAGAAGAUUUUUCGAAAUUGGGGUUUAAAGAUAUAGAUGCAAAUUGAAAGAAGAACUGACAAUUUUACAAAUAGUAGAUUUUUAUUUGUGUUGAUGUUAUAAUAAAAAAUAAAAUAUUUAAA